UCGCUCUCCGGAUUGGCGGCGGGACAAUGGAUAUUAUUUGCUGGCGGCAUCGAAGUGGCGGGUGAUUGCAGCAUGGCGGCCUCCAUAGACGCUUGUGUUUCUGCUCCACGGGAGGGAUGCUGGCCCGAAGGCGCGGGUGCCGAAAGCGGCUUUAUUCGCGCCGUCUUGGCGUUGCCUGCAAAACCUAAAACGACUGUGAGGUUCUUCGAGCGCGGCGACUACUACACGGUGCAUGGCGAAGAUGCAAACCUGGCGGCGACGGAGGUCUUCAAAACACAAGCGAUCAUUCGGAUGCUGGGCUCAGGAACUCAGAAACUCGAGAGUGUUGCACUCAGCAAGAUGAAUUUUGAAUAUUUUGCACGAAAUCUUCUUCUGAUUCGUCAGUACAGGGCUGAGGUGUACAAGAACAAGGCAGGAAAUAAAUCCACCAAAGAGUCUGAGUGGUAUUUGGCCUAUAAGGGUUCUCCAGGCAACCUUGUUCAAUUUGAGGAUGUUCUUUUUGGUAACCAUGAUAUGUCCUCUUCAGCUGGUGUUGUAGCCAUUAAGCUGUCCUCAGUUGAUGGACAGAAAGUUGUUGGAGUAGGAUAUGUGGAUUCACUGGCAAGAAAAUUAGAAGUAUCUGAAUUUGCAGAUAAUGAUCAGUUUUCCAAUCUUGAAGCACUGUUGAUACAAAUGGGGCCAAAGGAAUGUUUGCUGCCAGGUGGGGAUACUGCUGGAGAUAUGGAGAAACUGAAGCAGGUGGUUCAAAGGGGAGGAAUCCUCAUCACAGAUAGGAAAAAGACUGAAUUUUCAACAAAAGAUGCUGUUCAAGAUCUCAACCGUUUGUUGCAAUCAGGAAAGGACCGUGUGUCUAGUGCAGCAUUACCUGAAAUGGAUAAGCAGGUUGCCAUCGCUUCUCUAUCUGUAGUGAUUAAAUACUUAGAGCUGUUAAAUGACGAGUCUAACUUUGGACAAUUUGAACUUACCACGUUUGAUCUUAAUCAGUAUAUGACCCUGGAUCAUGCUGCUGUCAGAGCCCUUAACCUUUUUCAGGAUUCUUCAGAAUUUAUCCAAGGAACACAUUCACUGGCUGGAUUGUUAAAUAAAUGCAGAACACCUCAAGGGCAAAGGCUAGUCAAUCAGUGGAUCAAACAACCAUUGAUGGAUAAGAACAAAAUAGAAGAAAGGUUAGAUAUGGUGGAGGCCUUCAUGGAAGAUGGAGAACUAAGACAAAUUCUUCAAGAUGAUCUCCUCCGCCGCUUUCCAGACUUCAAUCGGAUAGGGAAAAAAUUUCAGAAGAAAGCUACUCUGCAGGACUGUUACAAAAUAUAUCAGGCAAUUAAUCAGCUACCUAAUGUGAUACAGGCACUGGAAAAAAAUAAUGGAAACUGCAGUACACUACUGGAUGCGAUAUUCACAAAACCUCUUAAAGAGCUAAAUUGUGAUUUCUCCAAUUUCCAAAACAUGAUAGAUGAAACUUUGGACAUGAAUACGGUGGAAAGUCAUGAAUACCUUGUCAAACCUUCCAUUGACCCCAAUCUUGCUGAAUUGAGAAAAAGAAUGGAUAAGCUGGAAGAAAAAAUGCAGGGCGUCUUGAAAAUUGCAGCCAAGGAAUUAAGUUUGGAAGCUAGCAAGAGUAUCAAAUUAGAAUGCAAUGCACAGUUUGGACAUUUUUUCAGAAUUACCUACAGAGAAGAAAAGGUUCUGCGGAAUAAUGUGAAAUAUAAGAUCUUGGAAACCCAGAAAAAUGGGGUGAAAUUCUCUAACAGUGCAUUGAAAGAGAUUAAUGAAGACUAUGUGAAGAACAGAAAAGAAUAUGAAGAAAUGCAAGAUGCUGUAGUUAAAGAAAUAAUCAAUGUUGCAUCAGGGUAUAAAGAACCCAUACAAAUUCUCAAUGAUGUCAUUGCCCAGCUAGAUGCCAUUGUCAGUUUUGCUCAUGCAUCAAAUGCAGCACCAAUACCAUAUGUGCGCCCAGUUAUUCUAGAAAAAGGGCAAGGAAGAAUUAUCUUGAAAGCUUCCAGGCACCCCUGCAUUGAAGUUCAAGAUGAUGUUGCCUUCAUCCCAAAUGAUGUCACUUUUGAGAAGGACAAACAGAUGUUCCACAUCAUUACUGGACCAAACAUGGGAGGAAAAUCAACUUACAUACGGCAGACUGGGGUGAUUGUUCUUAUGGCCCAAAUUGGAUGUUUUGUGCCGUGUGACUCUGCAGAAGUGACUAUUGUUGAUUGCAUCCUGGCUCGAGUUGGAGCUGGAGAUAGUCAACUGAAAGGGGUAUCUACUUUCAUGGCAGAAAUGCUGGAGACUUCCUCCAUCCUUAGGACUGCAACUGAGCAUUCUUUGAUAAUCAUUGAUGAGUUAGGGAGAGGAACAUCAACAUAUGAUGGAUUUGGAUUGGCCUGGGCAAUUUCUGAAUACAUUGCCAGCAAAAUGAAAGCUUUUGCUAUGUUUGCUACUCAUUUUCAUGAAUUGACAGCCCUCGCUGAUCAAAUACCCACUGUAAAUAACUUGCAUGUUACGGCAUUAACUUCAAAGGACACACUGACAAUGUUAUACCGUGUGAAAAAAGGGGCCUGUGACCAGAGCUUUGGUAUCCAUGUAGCAGAAUUAGCGGCCUUUCCCAAACAUGUGAUUGAAUGUGCCAAGGCAAAAGCUCUGGAACUGGAGGAUUUCCAGAACAUUGGAAUAUCUCAGGAGGAGGAUGAAGAACCAGCUGCCAAAAGAUGCCACAGGGAGAAGCAGGAGGGAGAACAAAUAAUUCAAGAUUUCCUUUCUCAAGUGAAAGCAAUGCCGUUGACAGAAAUGUCUGAAGAAGAAAUCCGGACCAAACUAAAGGAGUUAAAGGACUACGUUUUGAAGAAAAAUAAUUCUUUUGUAAAUGGAAUCAUUUCCCGCAUCAACGGUACCUCAUGAUACAUAACUAAAAUCACUUGAACUUGUGAUUUUUUUCUGAUCAUAAUCUCUCAACACUAGAACUACUUUGUCCCCUCUGACGCCAUUGCAAUAGUAAAGAAGAAGCCUCAGGAAUCAUUGUGUUCCACUUUCUCAUCCACAUACAUAAAGAGAAUCAGAACAGUAGAGUUGGGAAAUCUAUUAACAAUGAUACAAAUACCUAGUCGGACUGUCUUGAAGUGGGCAAAAACACUUCAAAACUGACAUGCAUCUUCUGUUUUCUGUCAGUUGUACUUUUUCCAUGCCAGAUCCAAAGUUCCUUUAACCACUUUGGAUCUGGAUGAGACUUCUUUACGUUACUAAAUAUUAUAACCCUGAAACUAUGCUUUUGGUACUGUUUAUGUAUAUAUAUGUUGUAUCUUGUUGGGUUGUAUUUUGCUGCAAUCACUGAAGAAUUCUUGUUUCAAUCUUACUUUUGAAAUAUAUAUAUAUUUGUGGUAUCCUCUGAAAUACUUUUAGGCAUUUGACAGCCUUGGAAUAAAUCACACCUCGGUCAUUAAGAGGUAUGUUAAUGUCACAGAAACAAAAAGAGGCAUGGCAUUUUGCUAUAAUUUGUUAAAGGCUCAUAGCUUAUGCCAAUGUAUUUAACCCUGAA